UGACGUAGAGCGCAAUGUCGCGUGCGCUGCAUGCGAGGCCUGUCAGAGCUAGGAAGCGGUGUGUAUGCGGUGAGGUCAUGAUUUUAUCAGCCGAACAGCCAAAUACUCGUUAAUUGUUAGCGUUAAAAAUAUUUUUUUGCUCGCCUUUACAUGAUCCGUGGAUAUUAAUAUAGAAGGGAAUCAGUGGAGUUGAGUUCCCGGCAGGUCCAUAGACGUGCGUGUUGUGUGAAUGCUCUGACAUCAAUUUGCCAGGACGUCACCAUGAAUAAAAACAAAAGGGAGAAGGAAUUCUACAGUAUAGAUGUUGGAGAUUCAACAUUCACAGUUCUGAAGCGUUAUCAGAACCUGAGACCGAUCGGCUCAGGAGCACAGGGAAUAGUCUGUUCAGCAUAUGACCAACAUCUUGAAAGAAAUGUAGCUAUAAAGAAACUUAGCCGGCCUUUUCAGAAUCAGACUCACGCCAAGCGAGCAUACAGAGAGCUGGUACUAAUGAAGUGUGUCAACCAUAAAAAUAUUAUUGGCCUUUUAAAUGUGUUUACACCACAAAAAACAUUAGAAGAAUUUCAAGACGUUUACCUUGUAAUGGAGCUGAUGGAUGCCAACCUUUGCCAAGUCAUUCAGAUGGAGCUUGACCAUGAGCGGCUGUCCUAUCUGCUGUACCAGAUGCUGUGUGGAAUUAAACACCUCCACGCCGCAGGGAUCAUCCACAGGGACCUGAAACCUAGUAACAUAGUAGUCAAGUCCGACUGUACCCUAAAGAUCCUGGACUUUGGCUUGGCCCGGACAGCAGCCACUGGUUUGCUGAUGACACCAUAUGUGGUGACCCGCUACUACAGAGCCCCAGAAGUCAUCCUGGGAAUGGGAUAUCAAGCCAACGUUGAUGUCUGGUCUGUUGGCUGUAUCAUGGCUGAAAUGGUCAGAGGUAGUGUGUUGUUUCCAGGCACUGAUCAUAUUGAUCAGUGGAACAAAGUCAUUGAGCAGCUGGGGACCCCAUCUCAAGAGUUUCUGAUGAAACUCAAUCAGUCUGUAAGGACGUAUGUGGAGAACCGGCCUCGCUAUGCUGGAUACAGCUUUGAGAAGCUUUUCCCGGAUGUUCUUUUCCCUGCUGAUUCCGAUCACAAUAAACUCAAAGCGAGUCAGGCUCGAGAUCUGCUUUCCAAAACGCUUGUUAUAGAUGCUUCCAAGCGCAUCUCAGUAGAUGAAGCUCUACAGCACCCCUACAUUAAUGUGUGGUAUGAUCCAGCUGAGGUUGAGGCUCCCCCUCCGGUGAUCACCGACAAGCAGUUGGAUGAAAGGGAGCACACAGUGGAGGAAUGGAAAGAGUUGAUUUAUAAGGAAGUGCUGGACUGGGAGGACAGGAUGAAGAACGGCGUGAUCCGUGGCCAGCCCUCCCCUCUAGGUGGAGCAGUAGUCAAUGGCUCGCCUCAGGCUUCCUCCUCCUCCUCCAUCAACGAUGUGUCCUCCAUGUCUACCGAGCCCACCAUGGCGUCAGACACAGACAGCAGUCUGGAGGCCACAGCUGGAGCACUGAGCUGCUGCAGAUGACUAUCACCUUCCCCUGGAGCAUCGCUGUGUGUUGCAUGGUAUCAGAUUUAGGCCAGUCAGUUUUGCUUUUAUUAACACUCAUCCUUUAAAGGUCUUUUCUAAUUUAUAACUUUAUUGGCUAACGGAGAUUUGCACUGCAAAGGCAAAUGUAAAUGCACAGUGUGUAGGUUGGCGUUAUUUGCUUCCUUCCUGAACUGCAAUAUUCCACCGUCAUUUUAUUCUCACAUCAAGAAGCUCCAGCAGCCCCUAAAUACUAAACAUGAGUACUUUUAACACGCUCACUCAAUUCCUCCUGUCAAAGAACAUAUUGGUGUAGAAUGUAAAGAAUAAAUUGUAAAUAUAUGUAUAUAUAUUUUUUCUUUUCUUUUACUUUACUUUAUAUUUGUGUGUGUUUUAUGUUUGUGUGGAUGUAAUCGGGGACUGCAAACUUCCUUAAAGUAUUUUGAUCGUUUAAAUGAAUAAACUGCUCUCCGUAUAGAAUAGCUAUUUGAUUUCUGUUGUUUUCAGAAGGUUUCAUCUACUUGGUGGUUUUUACAACUCAGACCUGGAAUUUGUUUUAUUUGUACAAUUUUUUUUUUGGAGCAAGGAAUCAUUUAUGGCAUCCAAAGCACUUCAAUUACACAGUAUAAAGGUUAUGCAAUGGGGAGCAUGGAUCUUUAGCUUGGCUUUAAUUUGUAAGUUAAUUUAUUUUUCUGGUCGUUUGUGGCAAAUGACUGAGCUAUUGUGUGUCAAUCAUUUAAUAAUUGCUUUCUGAAUUAUUAUUUCCAGUUUUUGUGCAACGGAUUUGAACUGAAAUUUACAUUUUAUGAUUAAUGGAUGUUUAAUCUAGUUGAAACAGUAUUAAUGGUAGUUCUCUUAUACUUGAAAUGCUGUCCUGCAUUGAAUGUGGAGUAGGUCAUUGCGAAUCAAGGAAAGUAUUUUGCAAUUUAUUUAUAGUUCAUGACAUCAUCUGAUUUAUUUUUGUGACAAAUAUUUCACUGCUUUUUAAAAGUACUUUUAUUCAUAUUUUUGGAAAGGUCUUUAAUGGAAAGCUUUGUAAUGACCGGUGCUGUAAAAAUAAAUGUGUAGUGUUCUAAGUAUGUAGGUUGCAUAAGCUGCUGCAGUACACAAGUGUUUCACAUUAAUUGCUAAAAGUUUGAGGUAGGGGGGUGUGGGUGUGUGGGCGGUGUGUGUGUGUUGGGGUGGUGGGGGGGGUUGUCAGGCAGGCAUUAGGGUCGGGUUGUGUGUAGGGGUUCGGGUACUAUUUGGGACUUCUUUCCCAAAGAUUUUUUUGUUUCAGUUUCUUUAACGUGUAGGACUGAAUAUGUUGUUGAUUAUGAAUCAUGUUUCUGAAUGUUAGUGAGAACAUUGACACUGUUUUGUCUGUUUUGCUUUUUAAUAAGCAAACCCUUGAUCCAGGUUUUGGGUUUAUAUCAAUUUCUAAUUUGAAGUGCUCUUAUGACUGAAUGCCCCAUUGGAGAUUGUUAACUGCUAUAGUUUAACCUGAAAGUAAAUUGGAAUGAUAGUUUCAUCUGGCAAUAAAUAAGAAUUUGCACAAAAGCUGUUAGCAUGUAUUAUGUUAACAGGGACAGAGCAGGAUCAGCUUCAGUAGAAUUUGAACUACCUCAUACUUCGUUUUAGUUCACGUUUUAGUUCCUCACUGUGAAUUUUAUCAUUUGUGUUUGUUUUUGUUUAUUUAUUUAUUUAUUUAUUUAUUUAUUUAUUUAUUUAAAGUCGUUAUGAUUACAGUGUUAGCAGUGAGCCUAUGGAUUUGUGUGAAUGACCUGUAUGUAGUAUGUGCACCAUGUAGUUUUAAAUGGACAAGUGAUUUGCUACCACAACCCUCAAUAGGAUAAAUAAGGAAUACUAAUAUGAUUUUGUGCUCUCUCUUGUUUUGUUAGCUCCUGUACAACACUGUUUUAAAUCAUUCUGUAUAAGUAAUGAGGAUCCUAUCUUUUAAAUUUUUCUUUGAGAUGGAGCUUAAAGGAGUCGUGUAUGAUCAAACAUAUGUUGUGGGCCACAUGGUUCUUUUUUACUGAAAGCCCAGUCUGAAACUAAUAGAGCCUACUGAAGCCUACAUUAUUACACUUACUCAUUUGGUCUGGAUUCCUUUAGCAUUUGCAAAACUUACAAUAACCACUAAAUAUAAUCAUACACAACUAGGACAUUUCUCCAUCUACAUGGGAUGCUAACGGAGCAAAGCUGAGAACGCAAAAUACCCAUUUUCAGGAAGACAUCAAAAGUAAGAUGAUGGUGAUGGCUGCAGUAGAACGCUCCACACGUGCAGUUAUAUGUAAAGGUCAUUAGUGUGUACCACACCAUUAGAGUGCCCUGGCAUUCAACAGUGUUAUAACCACUGCAAAUAAACACAAGUACACAAAAAUUA